AUGGGGGACGGAAGACAAAGACGCCGAAAUGAGUGCUGGUGGAUUGCUUCGCGUUUCACUUUGCUGUUGUGCCUCGGAGUGCAGGUUUCGUCUCAGAUCAGAUACUCUAUUCCAGAAGCCGUAAAGGAGGGAUCUGCUGUGGGAAAUCUUGCAAAAGAUUUGGGACUUGAUGUCAGUACUUUGAAGGAGAGGCGUUUCCGAAUCGUUUCUGGGUCUAAGGACGCUCUAUUCCAGGUAAAUCAGAACAAUGGCGUCUUGUAUGUUCAGAAGAAAAUCGACAGAGAGGAGCUUUGUGACAGCGAUGGGCCUUGCCUAAUAAAUCUGAAAAUGGUUGUUGAGAAUCCUCUUGAAGUCCAUUACGUUGGAAUAGAAGUUACAGAUGUUAAUGAUCAUUCCCCUGUUUUUCUAGAGAGACAGCUUCAUUUAGAAAUAGCAGAGAACAAAGCUCCGGGUGCUCGAUUCGAACUACCGCCGGCGCGUGACCUCGACGUUGGCAUCAACUCUGUCCGUAAUUACAAACUUACCCAGAACGAGCAUUUUUCUUUAGAGCUAAGAGACGGUGGCGAAGAAGACAAAAUUCCUUUUCUUAUAUUACAGAAAUAUUUGGACAGGGAACGAACCUCUAAGCAUGAGCUAAUUUUAACUGCGAUUGAUGGUGGGAAUCCACCAAAGUCAGGUUUUCUUAACAUAUCUGUUAUAGUUCUUGACACAAACGACAAUCAGCCUGUAUGCAGUCAGGACACAUAUUCAUUAACACUUCAGGAGAACGUUGCUGUUGGGACGGUUGUAAUGAGGGUAAACGCUACUGAUGCAGACGAGGGACUUAAUGGGAAAGUUGAAUAUACUUUAAGCAGAAAUACAAAGCGCAUUGCGCAUGACCUUUUUCAGCUGGAUAUUACAACCGGCGAAUUGAGUGUUAAGGGAAAAAUUGAUUUUGAGGAAAACCAGAUUUUUAGGCUAAAUAUACAGGCCUCUGAUAAAGGGCAGCCUCCGCUAUCUGUCGAUUGUGGAGUUAUUAUCAAGACACUAGACGUGAACGACAACAAACCAGAGAUAGAGGUGACAUCCCUGACUAAUGUUGUUUCCGAAGAUUCCAAGAUUGGAACUGUUAUUGCCUUAAUUAGCGUAACAGAUAAAGACUCUGGUCAUAAUGCCAAAAUUUUGUGCACUCUUUCCGAUGACGCGACAUUUGAAUUAAUUCCUUCUGUCGAAAAUGAUAUGUACUCUUUAGUUACCAAAAAGCCUUUAGAUAGAGAACUUUUGUCGAGCUACGACGUCACAGUAACGGCUACAGACUCAGGUCAGCCUCCCCUGACAACAUUUAAGACUUUGACAGUUCAGUUGUCCGACGUGAACGAUAACAGUCCAGAGUUUACCCAGAAUCCUCUUGAACUUUACUUAGCAGAAAAUAACACCCCUGGGUCUUCUAUAUUCUCAGUAAGCGCCUCUGACAAAGACUUGAAUGAAAAUGCCGUGAUCUCGUAUCAAAUCAUUAGAGGCAAUGGCGCACAAAAUGAUAUGACAUCUUUCCUUAGUAUUAAUUCCGAGAACGGAAAUAUUCACGCAUUAAAGAGUUUUGACUUCGAAACCAUCAAGGCCUUUAACUUUCAAGUAGUUGCGACAGACUCUGGCACUCCACCUCUAAGCAGUAAUGUUACAGUAAAAGUGUUUAUUUUGGAUGAGAACGACAACGCACCAGUGAUACUGUCUCCAGUCAACACUAACGGUUCUGCUGAAGUUGUGGAGGAGAUUCCCCGAAAUGUGAACGCAGGCCAUUUGGUGACUAAAAUCAGAGCAUAUGACGCCGAUGUAGGAUACAACGGCUGGUUGUUAUUUUCACUGCAGGAAAUUACUGACCACAGCCUCUUUGGGUUGGAUCGUUACACAGGACAGAUAAGAACCCUUCGCUCAUUCACAGAGACAGACGAGGCUGAGCACAAACUGAUCAUACUGGUCAAAGACAAUGGGAACGUUUCACUUUCAGCAACAGCGACUCUAAUUGUCAAAGCCGUGGAGCCAAAAGAGGCUUUUGCGGCUUCUGAUGUUAAACAUGUGGUAAAAAACGAGGAGGAAAACAACCUGACAUUUUAUUUGAUGAUUACCUUGGGCUCAGUUUCAGUGCUUUUUCUGAUCAGUAUCAUCGUCUUGAUCGUAAUGCAGUGCUCCAAAUCUACAGACUAUUCCUCAAAGUACUUACAAGAUACAAAUUAUGACGGGACACUGUGUCACAGCAUUCAGUACAGAUCCGGUGACAAACGGUACAUGUUAGUCGGGCCCAGAAUGAGCAUCGGUUCCACUAUAGUCCCGGGAAGCACUGGAAAUACGCUAGUGGCACCUGGUCACAGGGGAAGAACUUCAGAGGACGUAAGUUCCUGUUUUUAUCCUUAA